AUGGAGCUUCUUAGAGGCGCCUACAAUCUCCUACCCCGCAAACCUUGGGGGUCUUCUUCCCACCGCUCGCGAUCAGAUCAAGCAGUUCUUAGCACCAAGACAGCUGCGACACUUUUGUGUGCAGCGUGCUCACCACACGUGCAAACGGGCCAUGACACGCCGUCGGAGCUUCCAUACUACGGCUUGAGCCCGCCGGUUUAUCCAUCCCCACCCGGCCAUGGCACCAGCAACGACCGCUGGUCCGCCGCCUACGGCCACGCCCGGGCUCUAGUUUCGCGUAUGACAGUCGAAGAGAAAGUCAACGUAACGCGCGGUUGGCCGGGCCCUUGCGUUGGCAACACGGGUGAAGUACCCCGUCUCGGUCUCCCGUCGCUCUGUUUCGCCGACGGACCCUCGGGCAUCCGCGGCCAAGAGUUCGUCUCGGCUUUCCCGGCUGGCAUCCACCUCGCCGCGACGUUUGAUCGGGACUUGAUGUACCGGUACGGUCAGGCGCUCGGUGCUGAGUACUAUGGGAAGGGGAUUAAUGUGGCUUUGGGUCCGGUUGCGGGCCCGCUUGGCCGGGUUGUGCGCGGGGGGAGGAAUUGGGAGGGGUUGAGUAAUGAUCCGUAUCUUGCUGGUGUUGGGAUGGGUGCUAUCACACGCGGGAUUCAGGAGGCCGGGGUGAUCGCUACGCCGAAACACUGGCUGUUCAACGAGCAGGAGUUCCGGCGGCGGUGGACGGCCAACGACGGUGAAGCCAUUAGCGCCAAUGUCGAUGAUCGGACCUUGCACGAGUUGUAUGCCUUUCCCUUCAUGGACGCGCUGCGCGAGGGUGCCGGAGCCGUGAUGUGCAGCUACCAGCGCGCGAACCACUCGUACGCGUGCCAAAACUCGAAGCUGCUAAACGGGAUUCUCAAGACAGAGCUGGGGUUUGAAGGGUUUGUCGUCAGCGACUGGGACGGACAGAUGUCCGGCGUCGCGUCGGCCAAUGCCGGGUUGGAUAUAGUCAUGCCCAACGCCGGGUUUUGGGGCGUGAAUUUGCUCGAGGCUGUCCAUAACGGAUCGGUCAGCGACCAGCGCAUCACGGACAUGGCUACGCGUCUGUUGGCACCGUGGUACUACCUCAAACAAGACAACGCCUACCCGCCCCCGGCGAUCUACGACAACCUGCAGCCGCAUUUCCCCGUCGACGUCCAGGGUGACCACGCCGCGCUGAUCGAAGAGAUUGGUGCAGCCGGCACGGUGCUGGUGAAGAAUGUCAACCGCACCCUCCCGCUGAAGAAACCCAAGUUUCUCUGCGUGUUUGGCUACGACGCGACGGUUAAAGCUGACCCGUGGACGAACCGCGACCGGUACAGCGGCGGGUACGAUGAGAAUUUUGGAUGGAACACCUUCAACGGGACUCUCAUCACCGCCGGCGGGUCGGGGGGAAGCACACCGCCGUAUGUGGUGUCUCCUUUUGAGGCGUUGCAGGCACGGGUGAGGAAGGAUCGGGGAGUGCUGCGGUGGGAUUUCUACUCGGAGGAUCCUACGAGAUAUGUCAAUGCGGAGGCGUGUUUGGUGUUUGUGAAUGCGUAUGCGUCGGAGAGUUUUGACCGGACGAGCUUGACGGAUGAGUUUGGUGACCGGUUGGUGCUGAAUGUCGCUUCGUGGUGUCGGAAUACCAUUGUCGUGGUCCAUUCUGCUGGCAUCCGCCUCGUAACCCCCUGGAUCACCCACCCCAACGUAACAGCAACCCUCUUCGCCGGUCUGCCAGGCCAAGAAUCCGGCACCUCCCUAGUCUCCCUCCUCUACGGCGACCGCAACCCGUCCGGCCGACUCCCCUACACCAUCGCCCACUCCGAAUCCGACUACGGCGCCGUGCUCAACUCAACCGUCUCUGACGCGCCCUUCCCCGACCAAAAUUUCACGGAGGGGUUGUACAUCGACUAUCGGUAUUUCGAUCGGCACGGUAUUGAACCGUUGUUUCCGUUUGGGUUUGGGUUGUCGUAUACUACUUUUGCGUAUGCUCAUCUAACCAUUUCCCCUACGGGCAACUACACACCGCCAUCCUCGGCAUCCUCGGCAUCCUCAGCCUCAUCAUCCUCCUCUUCUCCAGUGGUGAUCACAGCCCCAGAAUACCCCUCCCCAUCCAUCCCCAUCACCCAAGGCGGCCACCCCUCCCUCUGGGACGUCCUCAUCAUCGUCCGGUGCACAGUUUCCAACACGGGGGAUGUCGAAGGUGCAGAGUCAGCUCAGUUAUACCUCGGCGUGCCGGGUAGCACUCAGUUGGGCGGUGUAGAAGAACCAGAAUUAGGUGCUGUGGAAUCACCAAUCCGUGUCCUCCGCGGCUUCACAAAAAUAGGCCCGUUAGUCCCCGGCCAAACACGCGAGGCAGUGUUUGAGUUGACGCGGAGGGAUUUGAGUAUUUGGGAUGUGGAGAGGCAGAUAUGGCGGUUGCAGAGGGGGGGGUAUAAGGUUUGGGUGGGGGGGAGUAGUCGGGAUUUGAGGGUUGGGGGGGAGUUGGUUGUUAGAGAUGAGUAG